AUGCCCGAUUCCUCUGCCCAGGCGUCUACGAGUGCACCAAAAGAUGCACGACGUUCAUUCUCUCUUCCCGCCUGGUUGGAUCACUUCAAUGCACGCGACCUGAAGGUGUUAUUUCGCUGCUGGGCCGCCACAUGGGUGGCGUCCCUGCUGAUCUUUAUUGGACCUUCCCUGCACGCAAUCGGCAUCAGCGCGUAUUUCGCGGGAAUAACGCUGUACAUCGUGCCUCCAGGAACAAUUUUCUUCAUCUAUCUGCUUGCGUCGGUCUCACUGCUCUUUGGCAUGUGUCUUGCCUGGGGAUGGGGACUAAUCACCAUGAAGGCGGCGCUGGCAGCGCGACCGGCUUCCGAGACCCAGGCGCUUCUCCAAGCCUUGCGACAACAACUAGUCUACGACGGCUUCAUGCUCGACGCUCGUGUCACGGUUGUGUACUACGUCAUGAUCUGUGUAUUCAUAUAUGCCUUGUCGCGACUGCGCGCCGCGAACCCCAAGUUCGCCCUGGCGCAGGUAUUUGGCGUUAUCGUCUCCGACCUCUUCCUCAUGUACGGCCCGAUUCUCACCUCAUUCAAUGGCUUGUUGGCAAGGGUACUCGUCCUGCCGGGCUCCAUUGCCUCACACGCGGUGCUGGUUAAAAUGGAGACCCUUGUGCGCAUCGGACAGAAGUCGUUGCAGUGUACUCGUGCGCGCCUUUCCAGUGAGCCUGUUGAUCUGGCAGAUCUCGAGGGCACCAAGUCCAAAAUGAUUGCGUUGUUCAAGGCGAUGACGCCCAUGCUGGGCUUCCUUCCGCUCGACGUGUCCUGGGGCCGGUGGAGUCCCGACGAUGUCAAGAUGUUGCAUGAAUCCCUGCGACGGGCCAUGUUCACAAACGUGUCAUUGCUGGACUUUCACAUCGUUCAUAUGAGGACAUACCAAAAGCUGGAGAACCUAUCAUCGCUUGAGACAGAUUAUAGCAUCUCGACGGAGGAGAAACCCCCGCAGGCCGUUGGUCAGCAUCAACUACAGGAGAGCAGCCAUCUGAUAGACGCGCUAAAUACCCCCGAAGCAAUGGAUAUGCGCCGUCAAACGCGAGAAGCACUCCGACAAACGACAGCAGAGGUGUUGCGGGACUGCUCAGAGUCGCUGACGCUUGUUGCCGAGUGCAUCCACACCGUCAACUCGCGUUAUUGGUUUCGACGGGUUCCACAGAGCCAGAUCGACAAACUGGUUACUCGAGGACAGACACUACGCGAAACCCUCCGAACAGCACGGGGCAGAUUUAUGACGGAGACAACUGAGCGACUGCUCGAUAACCAUUCCGAUCUGUUUGACGAGGAAGGCACGUUGAAAUCCGCCGAAUCCGUAGGGCCAUAUGCCCUGCGUGGACUGAUGCUGGGUAUGGUAGUCGAGGAGCGCGUCCUUGGAGCAGCAGAGAGUUUGGAGAACCUCCUGGACCAUAUUGUUCGCCUUCUGCAGACUCGCACCAAAGUGCGCGUAUGGUUGCCUACGCGCUUAAGGGAUGCAAUCUCUUGGGUAACCAAUACGGAUGCGCCAGCCCCGGUGGCAGGUUUAUCUGCCACCGAGGGAACCGAUCCAGACGUAAUUGAAAGCCAGAGCAAAGAGGCGUAUCGACGCCUGCGCAUCAGUCAGGGGUAUGGACGGCCAGUGCGACGAAACGCCCUGAGUCGCGGCAUUGUUGCUGUGUUUCGCUGGCUGACCAACCCAGGCGGGAUGUAUGCUCUGCGCAUGGUAAUCGUGACGAUUGCCACGGCCAUCCCGUCGGCUCUCCCGCACUCUGCUGGAUUCUACUAUCGCGAAAAGGGUAUCUGGCUCGCCAUCACGGCGCAGACCACCAUCCUCGUGUACAUGGCCGACUUUACCUUGUCUCUGAUCGGUCGAUGCAUUGGCACCGUGCUCGGCGGCGUCCUGGGUAUGGUGGCUUGGUAUAUCGGGUCCGGCCACGGGCCCGGCAAUGCAUACGGACUGGCUGCUAUCACGGCAGCGAUGACAGUCGUCUUGAUGUGGUGGCGUCUCUAUCUUCCGCCGGCAUUCAUGAUGGCGGCCAUUAUGAGCGGCGUCACAUUCAUGCUGGUCAUCGGAUUCAGCUAUGACGACACGCAUACACCGCAGUACGGACUCCCAGGGCACGGCUACACCGCGUUCUACAAGCGAUUGGUGACCGUUCUGCUGGGAUUUGUGGCGGCCUUCGUCGUGCAAAUCUUUCCCCGCCCUCCAUCUGCGACGCGACACACAUGCAAGACACUAUCGAACACAGUCAACACGCUAUCCGACCACUACGCGCUACUCCUCUCUCACUGGGGCCGCACCGACGCCAACGGCAGCAGUCCUCUCGGGUCUGUGGCCGAGGAAAUCUCGCUCAGCAUCGCAGAGACCCUCGAUUCUCUCCAAGGCAGUAUUAGAAUCCUGAAGCUAGAAAUGAGCAUCGGACCCUUUGAUUCGCAAACCGUCGACCAGACCCGCCGUCUUUGUCAGGAGAUGAACCAAGGACUGGGUCGACUACUUGAUUUAUCCAGCACCUUGCCGAUAGACUUCCAAACGCGGCUCGCGCGCAACGUGGGAAUUCUCGACCACCGUCGAAUCGGCGACAUCAUGGCCGUGCUUAGUGUCAUCGCACAGGCGUUGAGACUGGGGAAUCCGCUUCCAGAGAGACUGCCCACGCCGUUAGUCAAACGGUGUCAUGAGUCGUGGCAGGCGGGACAAAAUGAGCAGCGGUUGACAAUUGCAUUGGUACGAGAUGAGAAUUAUCGACGGUACUGCGUGGCUGUGAGCUCGUACUUGAAGUUUCUGGGGGCGAUUGAUGAUCUGGUGUUGGUUUUGAAGAGAGCGUUGGGUGAGUCUCAUAUUGUCGGACAGUGGGAUGAUGCCAGUGUUUGA